UGGGGAGGGGGCAAGGGCAGAUUUACAGUAUAUCUAUGCUGCUAGACCUAAAAUAUGUCAAAUUCUGAUAUAAGGUGAAUAUUUAGUCGUUGCCUAACUCUUCAUGAUGGAGAAACAGACUCCAGUCAAAGCCAUGUUGGUCCUCCUGCUCUUACAUGUUCUCUGUCUGGGUGGCCAUGCUGAAGCUCUCUCUAUCUCUAUCUCUCUCUCUCUCUCUCUAGCUCUAUGUGAGGGCAGGGUUGUGAAGGUUCCUGUCGGCCCUUUGGUCAGUGUUGAGGGCCAGGCUGCGUCCCUUCGCUGCGAUGUAUCCGACUAUGAGGGUCCCAGAGAUCAGGACUUUGAGUGGACCAUGCUGCAAGCGGGGAAGGAGUUACAGGUUGUGUCGACGUUCGACAGCGCGUAUCCCGACGCCCUCUUGAGGGACCGCGUCUCCAGUGGCGACAUAAGCAUCAAGAAGCUCAGCAACUCGUCUGUCGAGCUGAAAAUCAAGAAGGUUCGAGCCACAGACAGCGCCACCUAUCGGUGCAAUACUCCCAGCACGGACACGACGGUCAAAGGGAACUACUUUGCAGACGUGGCACUCAAAGUGAUAGGGGACAGCCUGAGGGUGGCGCUGUCGAUCCCAAAGCCUGUGGUGUCUGAAGGAGACCAGCUGGAGCUUCACUGCAACACCACCAGAGCUUUCACCGAGCACACCUCCCUGUCUGUCACAUGGUCCCACAAGAAGGCUGGCUCGCCAGCGUCGGAGAUCCUGACCUUCGGCCCUGACGACAAGGUCACGGUGGCCGCUGCGUCUGCCGAGCGCUAUGCGGACGGCGGGCUCCGAUUGGACCUGCGUGGAGGUGGGUUCUACGGGCUGGUGCUGUCUGGGGCCCGGCCAGAGGACCAGGGGAAGUACGUGUGCACGGCCAGAGAGUGGGUGAGGCAGGCCGGAGGCUCCCUGGACAAGAUUCUGGAGAAGAGUGAGGAGAUGGGCAAGGUCACCGUCAAACCCGGUUUUGAAGCCAUAUCUGGAUGUAUGGUGUUGGUGAUCAGAGCAGUGCUGUGCUGCAGUGCCCUUCUCCUCACCUACUGGAUCACCAAAUGCACAUAUCAAUACAGAUCAGAGAAGAGAGGGAAGGGCAACUUGAGAAAUUCCGAUGAGCUCUAAAGAAUUAAAGGACACAUGGAACCUUUGGAAUUAGUUUGCUAUUUUGCCAUACUUUGUUGCCAUUUGCCAUUCUUUGUUCCUGACACCAAAUAUUUUACAUUUGUAAACACCAAAUUGAAUAUAUGGGUCUACUUUACCAAUCAGAUACAAUUUGGAUUUGCAUUCUAUAGGAAGGACUUGAAAUUCACAGGGCCCUAUUAUCGUGGUCUAAAACGCAAGGUCACUAGUCAAAAGUUUAUUUAAAUUUAAUGGGAUGUCCAGUUCACAAUGAGAGUGUUUUCAUUAUCAAACGUUGGGCAGAUGGCGCAACAUGGCGUUCCUAAAAUCAGUCAUGGGUGUGUUUUAGGCAUAACAUAAUUUAAACCAGUGAGAAUGACAUCUGUCAUUCCCUUUAACAGGUAAGCAGCGCAGCUUCAAACAUUGCUUCGGUAUUUUGAUAGUCAGCAGCGCAUUUGAAGGAAAAGUAAAAAAAUCUUUAAUUGCCACAACCCUUGGUGCGUUGCUCAAAGAGACGUGCAAGAUCAGAAUACAUUUUGCGUUGGGAUAAUAAUCCGCUUUCAGCCAGGUUUUGCAUCACGAAAAUAGGGCCCACAAUGUUUAGGCUGAACGUUUUCUUCUAACGUUAACACUAUUGAAAAAUAAUAAAAAUGGACUGCAACAUGCUGCCAAGAGACCUUGGCUGAAAAAUUUAAAUGUGAGAUGUAAAGUCAGAACCUUGUGUAAAUAAAAUAAGUGUGACAGACACAAACAAAACACAAGGUGAUGGUGAGGGAAAUGAUUCAGAAAUAUGAUUUUGAGUUCUGAAAAAAGGUUUGAACAUGUUGCUGCUGCUACGCUUUGCUGCGCUUCGCAAUUGCUUUGCCUCGCCAUGCUAUCCAAGCAUAAAACGAAAUGUGGAAUUGCUUUCUUGAAAUAUAACUUUGUA